CCUAAACAAAACGAGAGCAACCACCAAGACCAAGUUGGUUUUGUUAGCGAAGCAUAAGACAAGGCUCAACAAUGAAUAAUAUAAGGAUGCCAAAAGAAGGCGAACCAAGUCACUCUAAAGCAACAAUAAUGGGAAGUAAUGGUGUUGUUCAGGCAUUAUUAACGGGUAGGUAAUUUUGUUUAAUUUUAUUAAUCUUAUAGACCUAAUUACCUACUCACUUCUACUUCUAACUUAAACUUACUUCUAAUUCUAAGUUUGGGUUGCCGGUUGAAAACGAAAAUUUUAACUAAUGUUACAUUACUUCAUGAUUACUUCAUUAAAUUACUCAUUACUGACUUUAGUCUAGCCCUCGCUAGGGAGCCUAUGGCUGCCUAAUCUUUAACUUUAUGAUUAACGUUAUAAUUUAGACAAAUAAAUGAAGGACUGUAAGUAGAUACUUUGGUCAAAAAUGUAAACAUUUUUUUAAAAAUAAACCAAUGGCACAGUUGAAUAGAGCUAAUUUUAAACAGAAUUAUAACACCAAAAUCAUAUUUUUAGCUGUUGUAGUUUUAAAGUUAUGAAUUUUUAAAGUACGACUUGGUUUGUCCUUUUUUAACAUGGACUGCAUCUCCACAUUCUGUGACCUCAUUCCGCCGAUCGCGUCAUGCGCAAUGACUAUAUAGUUUAUAUAAGGCUAAGGCAUUCCCUUAUCACUAAAAUACUGUUUAGGGUCGAUUUAUUUUAAACUUUCAACUUUGGCACAUGAAUAAUUAAUUAAAGCUUUCCCUGACCAAUGGUUUAAUAGUUUUUGCACACGGCAAACACUUAUGAAUGAAACUCUGAGAUAGUACUACGAUAUAGCCGUUAUGCAAGUGGCUGUGAAUGGUUGCCAAUGACAACGUGUUGCACACGGAAAUUUCUGAUCAUUUAUAAUAUGGACUCUACAGGGUUUUUAAAGCUCAAAUUAAAACAUUCCAGUUUAAAUGUCUUCAAAAUGCAUUCUGAAACACAAGUUAUCAAAUAUUUUGAUGUAUAUAGUGGUAAUAAUUAAAUAUUUCUUAAGUAUCGGCAACUUCCGCCAUUAAAAAGGGGGCGUGGCCCACGCCAUGUCGAAAUAAGGCGGAGCCCCCUUAUGGUGAUAUGGGUCACUGGGAGAAGCGUAGCGAACGUGGGACACGACCUACAUCAAUGAGAAUUGGCACAGAUAUAGAUCAAUAUCUAAUGCCUUACACGAUUUAAUAUGAAAGACAUGUUCCUUUUAUUUCACAAAAAAUUUUGUAUUCGAAGAUGCCUUAUAUAUACCAAAGAUUUUCAAAAUGAAGUUCGAUUGAAAAAAGCAAAAUAGUUGGAUGGAAAUGUAGGCCAAGAUGUCUUCCAAAUUAUAAGGCCGGAAACGGAACUCAAAUAUAUGUCCAAAGAACUAAUUUAAUAAUAAAUAGACACACACAUCGGAAAAUUAAAAACUCGGAUUUUUCGGCGCCGACGCCCAUUUCCGAUACAAAAAAAGUAGUAGUCUCCCUUGUUUUAUCGAAGUAUGUACUGUAAGUGUAGAUACUUUGGUCAAAAAUUUAAACAUUUUGUAAAAAUAAACCAAUGGCAUAGUUGAAUAGAGCUAACUUUUUACGGAAUUAUUACACCAAAAUUAUAUUUUUAGCUGUUGUAGUUUUAAAGUUAUGAAUUUUUAAAGUACGACUUGGUUUGUCCUUUUUUAACAUGGACUGCAUCUCCACAUUCUGUGACCUCAUUCCGCCGAUCACGUCAUGCGCAAUGACUAUAUAGUUUAUAUAAGGCUAAGGCAUUCCCUUAUCACUAAAAUACUGUUUAGGGUCGAUUUAUUUUAAACUUUCAACUUUGGCACAUGAAUAAUUAAUUAAAGCUUUCAUUGACCAAUGGUUUAAUAGUUUUUGCACACGGCAAACACUUAUGAAUGAAACUCUGAGAUAGUACUACGAUAUAGCCGUUAUGCAAGUGGCUGUGAAUGGUUGCCAAUGACAACGUGUUGCACACGGAAAUUUCUGAUCAUUUAUAAUAUGGACUCUACAGGGUUUUUAAAGCUCAAAUUAAAACAUUCCAGUUUAAAUGUCUUGAAAAUGCAUUCUGAAACACAAGUUAUCAAAUAUUUUGAUGUAUAUAGUGGUAAUAAUUAAAUAUUUCUUAAGUAUCGGCAACUUCCGCCAUUAAAAAGGGGGCGUGGCCCACGCCAUGUCGAAAUAAGGCUGAGCCCCCUUAUGGUGAUAUGGGUCACUGGGAGAAGCGUAGCGAACGUGGGACACGACCUACAUCAAUGAGAAUUGGCACAGAUAUAUAUCAAUAUCUGAUGCCUUACACGAUUUAAUAUGAAAGACCUGUUCCUUUUAUUUCACAAAAAAUUUUGUAUUUGAAGAUGCCUUAUAUAUACCAAAGAUUUUCAAAAUGAAGUUCGAUUGAAAAAAGCAAAAUAGUUGGAUGGAAAUGUAGGCCAAGAUGUCUUCCAAAUUAUAAGGCCGGAAACGGAACUCAAAUAUAUGUCCAAAGAACUAAUUUAAUAAUAAAUAGACACACACAUCGGAAAAUUAAAAACUCGGAUUUUUCGGCGCCGACGCCCAUUUCCGAUACAAAAAAAGUAGUAGUCUCCCUUGUUUUAUCGAAGUAUCUACUGUAAGUGUGUUUAAAGCUGUGACUGUGUGAAGGGAAGGAAAUAGUCGAACAAGGUUUGUGGAAGCAUGAAUUGAAAAUGAAAGACAGGAUAGUAAAAGAAGAACGUUUUGGCUAAGAGCCUUCCUCAGCAGACAAGGACAAAUCAAAUGUGUUGUUCUACUAUUUCCUAUAAUUUAGGCCUAUACUGUAAAUUAAGAUAAGAUAGGAUUCUUUAUUGAUCCAAAUAAAAAAUUGAAAUGUUUUUUUGAUUACAUUGUCAAUGUUACUAACUGUCAUUUUACAUAAUAAUUUUCAGCACCUAAAUUAUGAUAAACAAAUACAUAUUUUAAAAUAGACACAAUUUUACAAUUAUAACAAUUUAAAUACAAGACAUCUAAAGUAUUUCUCUAGUGUAAAAAUGAGCCAUCAAUGAACUCGUUUAGUGACAACAAUGAAUUAGUUAAAGAUUAUUUAGCUUUAACAACAGCCGCACCACUGGGGGAGCAUGCUGAGAAAUUCAUACAGCCUGAGGAACAAAAGAAAUGUUAUAUCUUUCAGUCUUAACUUGAAGAGAAAGAAUUCACCUUGAUCGAGCUGAUCCUAGGAUCUGUGAUGAAGAGGGUGUGAUAUAUCAUCAAAAUUUUAUAGCAGCAUUUUUUCAAAUAGUUCUUCAAGUAAAGGAUGUUAAGUUUGUGAGAUAUCACAAGCUUUAUUGAUUAUUCUAUUUAAUCAGUGUUUUAUGUCAGACAAUGAAUGCCAUCAAGUAAUACACAAGUUUAGUAAGUUUCCAAUUGCUGCACAAGUUAAUAACUUGUUUUUUUAACACUGAAAUUGUACAAUUUUUUAAGAUAGAAAAAUAUAAUAAUUUAUUUAAAUUUAAUAAUUGGCUUCCUUCACUUUUCCACUUAAUAAAAAAAUUUUUUGUCACUAAUGUCACUUACAUCAUAGUAAGUUUCGCCUACACUAACAGUAGCACAGGGAAGUGCUUAACUGUUAGUUUUUUUAGGCUUAAGUUAAAUGGAGCCACCACUUUUUUUAGGGUUUAGUUUAAGGAGCUGAGUGUAUUGUAGAUCUGUUUAACUGUUUAAUCUCAACUAUAUUUUAUUUCUGCUGCUUUGGAUUCUGAUUCAUAUUCGCACCUUUGUUUUGAAUCUAGUAAUAGUCUGACUGAACUAUCUAAAAAUAUUCUUAAUUGGCUUGAAAAAGUCCAAUAUCAUUUGUAAAGUGUCGCUUAAAAAUGUAUUUCUAGGUCAACAAAAUUAUUUCAGGUUAGAAUGUUGUUUCAACCAGGUUUUUUUUUUAUAAUGGGACACAUCAAACAAGUCUAUUUAAACAAUUAUGUACCAAAACAUGUCUAUUUAUUGUCCAGAGUUGCCAAAAGACAAAUAAAAUAGUUUUUGAUAAGUAAUUAAUGAAAAUAAAAUAGUUUUUGAAAAGUAAUUUGUUAAAAUUAAAUUAAAAAAAGCACUAAGUUCAUUAGAGAUUAAAAUGUUAUUAGGUGUAUCUACUUUCUAAGGUCCAAAAAAACAAUAACAAUUUCAAAUGUUAACUAGUGUGGUUAGGCCAUAGCAAUUCCAAAAUUUACAUUUUAUUUUUCCCUAUUUCUCAAGAUUUUUCAAAAGAGCAAAGAGGUUUAUAUCUAUUCAAUUUUUGCCUCAGAAAUACAGGGAGGUCUGUGUUCAGGUGGAAUCAAUAAGUGAUAUACACAAGUUAGAAGAAAAGCCGAAGAAAGACAAAUAAAAAAUAGUGGACGUUUGGCCAAGAAGCUUUGACAGCAAAGAUACUAAGACAGACAAACUUAGCUUAUAUAGAUAUGUAGAAAGGAAAUGGUAGACAUAUUCAAUUUGCGUAUGAGAUCAACAUGAAAGGUUAGAAAUUAAUAAAUAAAAUAAGACUGUGUAGGUAACGUUUGCAAGGAUGGUGGACAUGAGACAAAUAUCAUGUAAGGAAGACAGAAGACUAAUGGGCUCUUGCUUUAACUAUCUGUGUAAGGGUCAACUUGAGCUAUUCAUAAACUUAAUUGGCUCUUUCCCUCUUCCAUUAUUUACAUCCCUUUUAACUAAGAAUUCCAAACAUUUCUUGGAUAUAACUGCAACUUUAAAAGCAGAGGAUUUAUCCAGCUCUGCCUAUUGCAGACCUACUUACAGCCACAGCUACUUAACUAUACUCUUCUUCCGGGGGGACCGCACGGUCCCAAGCUUGUGGACUGGAGUUCAAUCCCAAGAAAAAGCCUAGACAAGCAGAAACAACACCAGCACCCUGGUGGACGGAACUUGUUAACCUUGGAUGGUAACUCAUCUAAGAGAAGGCAAGCUCUGAAAUCAAACACGGAGAUGGGGUCCCAUAGGCAAUGUGACGCAAUGAAAAGUCUGACAACUCCUGCAACAUGUAGUGCAUAAAGAGCACAGUGAGACACAAGAAACACUGCUGGUCAUCUACUGCAUCCUGGUCUAUUUCCAGUUAUCUUGACCAUUGGAUCAAAUAGGCCAGGACAAGAGGGAGCCUGAUGACUUGAACAGCUUAAGUCAAAGCUAGAUGACUUGAACAGCUCAAGUCAAGGUUACAAUUCAAGUUUAAGCCUUGGUCAUCUUCACAUCCCCAUUUAUGAACCAUACUAUAUUCUUUUUCUCACGCUAAUUCAUGUAGAGAUCCUGUCCCCUUUUCACAACUUCUGCUUCAUAUUUUUCCUCAACACUGUGUAUAUUAAUUAUUGUUUCAGAAAUUGUCCUCUUUAUAUGUUAAAAAAAUCCCCAUUUUUUAAAAUGUGUUUCUGGCUCCUUUUUAAACACCUAAAUGUAGAAGCUAUUGCAUGCUGGUUUUUAAACACCUAAAUGUAGAAGCUAUUGCAUGCUGUGUUUUAAACACCUAAAUGUAGAAGCUAUUGCAUGCUGGUUUUUAAACACCUAAAUGUAGAAGCUAUUGCAUGCUGGUUUUUAAACACCUAAAUGUAGAAGCUAUUGCAUGCUGGUUUUUAAACACCUAAAUGUAGAAGCUAUUGCAUGCUGGUUUUUAAACACCUAAAUGUAGAAGCUAUUGCAUGCUGGUUUUUAAACACCUAAAUGUAGAAGCUAUUGCAUGCUGGUUUUUAAACACCUAAAUGUAGAAGCUAUUGCAUGCUGUUUUUUAAACACCUAAAUGUAGAAGCUAUUGCAUGCUGUUUUUUAAACACCUAAAUGUAGAAGCUAUUGCAUGCUGUUUUUUAAACACCUAAAUGUAGAAGCUAUUGCAUGCUGUUUUUUAAACACCUAAAUGUAGAAGCUAUUGCAUGCUGUGUUUUUUUUUCUUUUGGUCAGGCAUGUACUUUUUAACUCUGUGAUGUUGACAGGUGUGAUAUUCUCUGCUGCAAUAUGAAAUGUGCAACCAUAAAUAAAUAGGAGACAUUGACAUUUCUUUUAAGUAUUGAAAGGGAGGUCAGAAAAAGGAGGCCUGCAACACUUUCCUAUGCCACUUAUACUAUAAAUGUACAACACUGAAAUAAAAUACAUCUUCAAAACAAAUUCCUUUAUAAACGAAGAGUUCAAAUAUGAUGCAGUUUGUCUUUUUGAUUAGGUCUUGCUAUCAGUAGAACGACUGUUGCAUCUUCAGUUGACUUUUAUGUCCUUCAUUGACCUCUGUCAGAGUUCACAGACUCCUACCAUUUCUUCUAAUCUUUUAAUCAUUAAGUUAUGCUGCUUUGUCUGCCAGACUUUAACUUAAUAAGAAGGUCACCCAUGUUUUCUGUCAGACUUAACUUAAUAAGUAGGUCACAUAAUAUGUUGUCUGAGCUGUCUUGUGGCUUUUAAAUAUCUCUUGGCUUAUUUACUAUACCACAAUGUGGUAGCUCUGUACCUUUUUUUUUCCUUUCUAUUUUUCUCUCUCUCACCUUUGCUCUGUGUUUUUGUUUGAUAUUUUUUACCAACUUUUUGUCAAAGGUUAAAUGGGCAAUUUAUAUGCCCUUUUUUUUUUUUUUUUUUUUUUUUUUUUUUUUUUUUUUUUUUUUUAUUUAUUUUUUUUUUAACGCCAAGCUAUUUCUUCCACAUAUAUUGUGUGCCUUUACUACUAGUAUAAAAUAAUUGCCCCCAUUUAUUUUCUUGCUUUAUAACUGACUUUUUUGGAAUUAUGUCAUGUGAUUAAUUCGGUUGGUUGGCUUACGAGAUUUUUUUUAUAACUUUAUACUGGAGGUACAUUAAAUAAUGACAUAGUUAUUGUGGAUUUCUGAGGUCCUAGUCUACUGCUCACUCUGCAAGAUUCAAAUACUUGACCAUCAGGAUAGAAACAAAGAUACCUGAAGUUGAUUGUGCCACAGUUCAGUCAUUUUUAGCACCAGAAUAAUCUCCCUCUAAUACAUUUGGCUACUGUAUGGCUAACACUGGCAUUAUUGGGUUGGCUUGUGAGUGGUCCUGUGAAUGGGCUUGUGAGUGGUCCUGUGAGUGGGAUUGUGAGUGUUCCUGAGAGCGGGAUUGUGAGUGGGCUUGUGAGUGGGCAUGUGAAUGGGCUUGUGAGUGGUCCUGUGAAUGGGCUUGUGAGUUGUCCUGAGAGUCGGAUUGUGAGUGGUCCUGUGAAUGGGCUUGUGAGUGGUCCUGUGAGUGGGAUUGUGAGUGUUCCUGAGAGUGGGAUUGUGAGUGGGCUUGUGAGUGGGCUUGUGAGCGGUCCUGUGAGUGGGCUUGUGAGUGUUCCUGUGAGUGGGCUUGUGAGUGGUCCUGUGAGUGGGCUUGUGAUCGGUCCUGAGAGUGGGCUUGUGAGCGGUCCUGUGAGUGGGUUUGUGAGCGGUCUUGUGAGUGGGCUUGUGAUUGGUCUGGUGAGUGGGUUUGUUAGCUGGAAAUAUUCUUCUCAGGCUUUUUUCCGCCCAACUUUGGGGGGUGGGGGGAUCAGCUUAUAAAUGAACAGGCUUUAGAGUGAGUAUUUUAGGUAAAUGAAGCUGAAAGUUGGUGUUCAAAAACAAGUUUCUUGCGUACUUGUUAAACUCCAGGUCCUGGUUUAAUUAAGGUGUCCAAACUAUCGAGUUUCAAGUAACAAGGUAUCAAGUGAAAAGGAUGAGAGAGCAAUUAUAAUUUUAACCCGUGCAAUGUUGCUGGGGGAGGGCACAGUGGUUUGGAAACUAAUUAUGUGGCCACCUGUUUUCUGUAAAUAAGAAAUUAAGGCACAGCUUACAUCAAUGGACUUGUAAUUGACCUAUCGAUUCUGAGCUCAAUUCAUGUUAUGCCAAGGGCAAGGUUUGAUAUGUAGAAGUUGUUGGCUCCAAACAGAGAAUGAUUUGGAACAUGAAUUGCAUUUCAAAUUUUUUUUUUUUGGAAAGGAGUUGGGGUGGUGAGAGCUUUUAAGUGGCAUAAGCUGGUUAGCAGUGAAUGCCGUAAGCUGGUUAGCAGUGAAUGCCAUAAGCUGGUUAGCAGUGAAUGCCGUAAGCUGGUUAGCAGUGAAUGCCGUAAGCUGGUUAGCAGUGAAUGCCAUAAGCUGGUUAGCAGUGAAUGCCGUAAGCUGGUUAGCAGUGAAUGCCGGUAGCUGGUUAGCAGUGAAUGCCGUAAGCUGGUUAGCAGUGAAUGCCGUAAGCUGGUUAGCAGUGAAUGCCGUAAGCUGGUUAGCAGUGAAUGCCGUAAGCUGGUUAGCAGUGAAUGCCGUAAGCUGGUUAGCAGUGAAUGCCGUAAGCUGGUUAGCAGUGAAUGCCGUAAGCUGGUUAGCAGUGAAUGCCGUAAGCUGGUUAGCAGUGAAUGCUUCCUUUUGCUAGAGACAAAGUAUCAUUGGUCGUUAUCUGUAACAGUAGUUCACCCGUGAACCAAAUGUAGAUAUUUUUAUUUCACCAAAUAAACUACUUAAAAAAUCAUUAGAUAUUGAUAUAGUAAAUGCAAACAAGUUUCCCAUCUGCAUGUUGACCAAAAAACUGGGGCAGAAUUAGGUUGUGGGUAGAGGGAGGGAACUAGGGUAGAAUUAGGUAGUGGGUAGAGGGGAGAACAAGGGAAGAAUGAGGUAGUGGGUAAAGGGGGAGAACUAGGGAAGAAUUAGUUAGUGGGUAAAAGGGGAAGAACUGGGGAAGAUUGAGGUGGUGGGUAAAGGGGGAGAACUAGGGAAGAUUGAGGUAGUGUGUAAAGGGGGAGAACUAGGGAAGAUUGAGGUAGUGGGUAAAGGGGGAGAACUAGGGAAGAUUCAGGUAGUGGGUAAAGGGGGAGAACUAGGGAAGAAUUAGGUAGUGGGUAAAGGGGGAGAACUAGGGAAGAGAGAGGUAGUGGGUAAAGGGGGAGAACUAGGGAAGAAUUAGGUAGUGGGUAGAGGGGGAGAACUAGGGAAGAGAGAGGUAGUGGGUAGAGGGGGAGAACUGGGGCAGAAUUAGGUAGUGGGUAGAGGGGGACAAGUGGGGCAGAAUUAGGUAGUGGGUAGAAGGGGAGAACUGGGGCAGAAUUAGGUAGUGGGUAGAAGGGGAGAACUGGGGCAGAAUUAGGUAGAGGGUAGAGGGGGAGAACUAGGGAAGAAUGAGUUAGAGGGUAGAGGGGGACAACUAGGGAAGAGGGAGAUGUGGGGAAGAAUUAGGUAGUGGGUAGAAGGGGAGAACUGGGGCAGAAUUAGGUAGUGGGUAGAAGGGGAGAACUGGGGCAGAAUUAGGUAGUGGGUAAAGGGGGAGAACUAGGGAAGAAUGAGUUAGUGGGUAAAGGGGGACAACUAGGGAAGAAUUAGGUAGUGGGGAGAGCUAGGGCAGAAUUGGGUAGAGGGGGAGAACUAGGGCAGAAUUAGGUAGUGGGUAGAGGGGGAGAACUGGGUCAGAAUUAGGUAGUGGGUAGAAGGGGAGAACUGGGUCAGAAUAAGUUAGUGGGUAGAAGGGGAGAACUGGGUCAGAAUUAGGUAGUGGGUAGAAGGGGAGAACUGGGACAGAAUUAGGUAGUGGGUAGAUAAUUUAACCGCCCACACAACAGCUAUCAUAAAAUAAAACAAAAUUAAAUGGAUUAUUCAAAGGAAAAAUCUGUUACAACCAUUCUUCCCAUCUCAGUAGGUAGUUUUUAGACCAGAGUUGUCAUCUGUACAGGUAGUUUUUAGACCAGAGUUGUCAUCUGUACAGGUAGUUUUUAGACCAGAGUUGUCAUCUGUACAGGUAGUUUUUAGAUCAGAGUUGUCAUCUGUACAGGUAGUUUUUAGAUCAGAGUUGUCAUCUGUACAGGUAGUUUUUAGAUCAGAGUUGUCAUCUGUACAGGUAGUUUUUAGACCAGAGUUGUCAUCUGUACAGGUAGUUUUUAGACCAGAGUUGUCAUCUGUACAGGUAGUUUUUAGAUCAGAGUUGUCAUCUGUACAGGUAGUUUUUAGAUCAGAGUUGUCAUCUGUACAGGUAGUUUUUUAGAUCAGAGUUGUCAUCUGUACAGGUAGUUUUUAGAUCAGAGUUGUCAUCUGUACAGGUAGUUUUUUAGAUCAGAGUUGUCAUCUGUACAGGUAGUUUUUAGGUCAGGGGUGAUCACCUCUACAGGUAGUUUUUAAUUCAGAGUUAACAUCUGUACAGGUAGUUUUUAUUUAGAGAUCAGGGGUCAGCAUCUCUACAGGUAGUUUUUAGAUCAGAGGUCAUAAUCUCUGCAGGUUGUUUUCCGAUCAGAGUUGCCAUCUGUUCAGGUAGUUUUUAGAUCAGGGGUCAUCAUCUCGACAGUAAGUUUUUAGAUCAGGGGUUUGCAAACUUUAAACAGCCUUUAACACCCCGCCGCCGAUGUUACCCCUGAUUUGAAAGGAGGAAGAAAAUAGUAGAAUAUUUAAAUUCAAAAUUAAUUAUUGAAUAUAUUUGUAUAAAUAAAAUGCAAUUAUUAAUAGAAAAGUAGAAAAUAAAUUGAAAUUAAAUUAUUUUUUAAUAAAAUCCUCAAAUUUUGAUGGAAAUGAUUUUUCAUGUUUAUACAAUGGCAUUAAAAUUGGGAGAUUUUCAAUCCGAUAAGUUUGGAUACUGUCUUUGGGGUUAAAUAAUUGAAUUUUUGCAAAAGUUGGUCGUUGCAAAGUUAGCAACAUUUUGACCGAAUCCUUAUGAGCAAUUUUGGAAACCUUUGCAUUUCUUGAUGUUUUGGGUGUAAACAGUAGUGUCACUAGGAGCAGGGGUGCACUCUCACUCAGCACAUACAUACAUGGGACAGACACGCACACAAGGGGAUGAUGCUCUCACAGGGGGAUAACACCAUUUGACAGAGCUCGAUCAAGUUGGUUUCAUAACACAUUUAAAGUUCAUACAAGAACAGGGUGCCACCGUUCACCAGAGCAAAGUGGCACCUGUCACCAGAGUAGGGUGCCAGCUGUCACCAGAGUAGGGUGCCACCUGUCACCAGAGCAGGGUGCCACCUUUCACCAGAGCAGGGUGCCAACUGUCACCAGAGCAGGGUGGCACCUGUCACCAGAGUUAGGGUGCCAGCUGUCAUCAGAGUAGGGUGGCACCUGUCACCAGACUAUGGGGCCAGCUGUCACCAGAAUAGCGUGGCACCUGUCACCAAAGUAGGGUCCCACCAGAGCAUACUGUCUCGGAGGAGGUCCGUGGGGCAGUUUGGUUGGGUAACACCAUGAUUUUACCCAUUGGGUGGAUCAAAAUCUAGUGACGCCACUGAGCACAAGAUAAAAUAAGGGACUAGGGUAAAAUGACGUACCGGUAUACAAGACAAGACAUGAGCACUAAAUGCCGAGCCACUAGUAACCACAAGUUAUUGGGUGUGUUUGGCUAUUACAAAGGCCAGAUGCAGUAUUGCCAGAAGAAAUAUUUAAAAAAAAAAACAACUUUACCUAUAAUUUUAUUUAUAUCUAUUGCACCCUUAUUAACAUCAAGAUUUCCAUUUUACCCUCUUUGGUGUAAUAUACCUCACUUCACUGAUGCCUAUUUUAGAUCCUUAACAGCUCUACACCUAUUCCAAAUUUUCCUUCUUUUUUUUUUUUAUCAAUGGAAUGCCUUAUUUUUAUUUAUGCAACAUGCCUUCUAAAGAAAAAAUAUUAUAUUGUUUUUCAUCAUCAGACUUGUAUCAAAUAACCAUGGCAUAUGCCUACUGGAAAAGUGAGAAGAUGGACGAUCUGUCUGUGUUUGACCUGUACUUCCGCAAGAACCCAUUCCAGGGAGAGUUCACCAUAUUUGCUGGCCUUGAGGAAUGUGUCAAGCUGAUGCAGAGCUUCCACUUCUCAGAGAGUGGUGAGUUGGUCUUGGAUUCUCCUGGCGUGCCGUUUCUUCUCAUUUAGGCAAAAAAAACAAAAAAAGUAAAAAUCGUGGCACAUGAAAACCUGUUGCCAGAUAUGUAAACAAGAGUUGCCAUAUAUGAAAAAAUAAAAUUGGUCUCUUUUCAAUGAGCUGCAGUUUAUUCUAAAACAAAUUUCAUACACAGGUCAUUGGGAUAGCGGUAGGUCAUUUGGAUAAGUGGUGCUUAAGGCUUUAAAGAGUGUGUGACAUGGCCAUUUCUGUGCAGAGGAUCUCAAACAAGGAACUGGGCAAACCAAACACUAUUGCCUUGUAAAUUGAAACCAACAAAGUGUCUUGGGAUAUAAGAAAGAAUGCAAGUUAACUGUAGUGCGUUCUUCUUCUUUGCCUGAUUUGUUCCUAGUGCUGCAUGGGCCAUUCGCAAAUUCCAACAAUUUAUCUCUUUUCUGAGAUAUCCCCCCCCCCUUCCCCCCAAUUUUGUUCCAGCACAUUCCACUUCUUACAGUACCUCUCACUUCCUCAAUUGAGGUCCCUUGCCCAUGUGUUUUAGGGCAUUUUGAAUGUCAUAUUUCACUGAAGCAGCUAGACGUACAAUAAAAAAAAAGCUUGAAGCUGCAUCUAGUCAUUGAUGUUCAUGAUGGAGUAGUUUAUUUUGAUUCAAGUUAAAUAUAGUAACUUUUGGGUAUACAAGUGCCACCAUCACACCACUACAAUAUUACCACCUAGUGAUCCUCCUCUGGUAUGUUUGGUGUUUGGAUCCCUGAUCUGUAAGAGCAACAUGUGCCCUUAGUAAAGAAGCAUCAGUUUUUUUACUUACAAUGUUGACACUUCAGUAAAAAAAAAACUGAGUGGCAUGCAUGUUGUGUGUGUGUUGCUGGUUCUGGUCUUAACAUAACACGUGUCCUAUGCAGUGCUGUUGUCCCUAUGGACAUGUGACAUGUUUCACAUAUGAUCUACUUCUACUCAGUUACUGCCAACUGUGUCCACAGACAUAGAAUAUCUCAAAACUGCGCUGCCGCCAAAGACCGACCCAGCAUUCUACGACUACCUCGGUUCUCUGUCGGCCAAGGACAUCACCCUGUCGGCAGUGCCUGAAGGGGAGGUGGUGUUCCCUAAAGUGCCCCUCAUCACCAUUACUGGACCCCUGGCCGUCGUGCAACUUUUGGAGACUCCAUUGUUGAACCUUGUCAACUAUGCCAGGUAGCACAGUUAUUUCAGUUCUUGUACUAAAAAAAUGAUGUAAGAUGUCUACACUGGGUCAUAUGCUCUAAAAACUUAUUGAGAUCAUUACAUUUUUUUCAAAAAAACUUAAAGUUAUCAAUUUAAAAAAAAAAUUUGUUAAAUUAAUUAUGAUCUCAGAGGUGUCUUUGUUAAGCAUCCCUUGACACUUGUUUUUCCUUCAUCCUAAAAUUAACUACUUAAAAAAUUUUUUGUUUGUUUAAGUUUGCCUAAAAUCAACAUGGCAGACUCUUGGGAUUUAAUAGCCUUUCAUGCGUUAAGGGGUGAUUAGAGAUUUGGUUGUGUGCGGUGGUGAGGAGUCAGAUUACUGCUUUGGACAAUGAUAAGCAGCUUAUCAUUGGUUUCUUUAGCCAAGAUGAAGUUUAAUUGCUAUAAAUAAGGUUUCAUAUUGUUAUAUAUAAGGUUUCAUAUUGCUAUAUAUAAGAUUUCAUACAGCUAUACUUAAUGUUUCAUAUAGCUCAUUCCUGGUUUAUAGAGACUUACUUUCAAGUAUUGCUUACAGCUGAUAUUGACAGUUUUUAUUAUUUCUGUCCAAUUUGAACUGACGAAAAAUAAAUCUUGUGUCCAGCUUGGUAGCCACAAACGCAGCUCGUUUCAGAAUGGCAGCUGGACCAGAGACGACGCUGUUGGAGUUUGGUUUGAGGAGGGCCCAGGGACCUGAUGGGGGUCUGUCUGCUUCAAGAUAUUGUUACCUCGGGGGUGAGUCUCAAUAGGCUGUCUUAAUAUGCUGUAUUAAUAGGCUUUCUUAAGAGGGUGUCUUAAUAGAUUUUCUUACAGGCUGUCUUAUUAGUCUGUCUUACAGGCUGUCUUAGUAAGAUGACUUAAAAGGCUGUCUUAAUAAACUGUCUAAAUAGGCUGACUUAAUAAGCUGCCUUAAAGGAUGUCUUAAUAGGCUGACUUACAGGUAAUUCUAAAACCAUGCCAGUAGGAAAUUGAUAAUUAAGUUACCAUAAUCUUUUUUAGUCUGAUCCCAUUUACUUAUGACAACCAGUGGCAUAAAUCUCUUACUCCAAAGGUUUAAUUAACUCAAUUACAAAUUAUGUAAACCAGAUGAUGCUCUGCAAACUAUUGCAGAUAAAUAUCAGUUACAUUUCAAAUCCGUUUAAAAAAAAUUAAUUAAUGAAAUUAAAUUAAUUAAACACCUAUGUAAUCUGAGUUUUAUUGCUCAUCGGCUAUCGUUAAUUUUAGUGUAUUUCUGUGUGGUCCAAAACAACUCAUUUUCUUCCAUUGUGACCUGGGCAAGCUAAAAGGCUGGACACUCCUGAUCUUAUCAGAUACUCGUUUGAAAUGAAGUUAUUGUAACAUCAUUUAUAUCUAUAUGUUAAAUAUACAUUUUUUAUGGGACUGUAAAUUGUUAACUCAUCAUGAUAAACAUUUAACAUUUCCCCCCCCCCCCCCCCCCUCAGGUUUUGAUGGCACAAGCAAUGUUCUAGCGGGAAAAAUGUUCGGUAUUCCUGUAAGAGGGACUCACGCCCACGCCUUUGUCACGUCUUUCAUCAACUUAGAUGAUGUCAAAACAAGGGUAUGUCCUCAGCCAGUCUCAUAGCGAUGUGCAAUGUAGUAUUCUGCUAGAUAGACUCAGUGCAAUGUAGUAUUAUAAUAAAUAGACUCAGUGUAAUGUAGUAUUCUGUUAGACAGAUUAUCUCACAAAUUUUAAUUGAUAACACAGACACUAAAUGAUGAGGGGUCAAACAUACUGUAAGGUAAACUUCUAAAUUUAGACUUGAUCUUUGUGGCGUUAUCUCUUAAAUAUCCUAUGUACUGACCAUUGUGUUAUACCUUAAACUACCAUAGUGUUAUACCUUAAAUAGCCAUAUUUAUUUAUCAUAGCGUUAUUGUUUAAAAAUCCUGUAACAUCACAUUAACCGAUGCUGUGUCUCUCCCACAGACUCUCAGAUCUCGAGACGAUUCAAGAGAAAUAGAUUUUGUUGAUUGCUGUUUGAAAUACCAGAAAGAGCUGCCCGCAGUUUUAGGUGAGCAAGGUCCCCACACAGUCGGGAAAACGGGAAAUAGUCGGGAAUUUAUCGAAUAAAUUUCCCGGUCGCAAAAACCGGGAAUUUGAGCAUUCUAGUAAGGAAUUUUUCAGGAUAGUCAGGAAUUUUUAUUUCAUAAUUUAAAAAAAAAAAAUACUCGAAUCGUUUCAAUUAUGACUUCAUUAUCAUUUAUCGACUGCAUUUUACUGUAGUAUUAGUUUCGACUUUUCUGCGCAUGCGUUGAAAUCGUUCUUCCGAUGCCGACGCCAUUUAAAUUCUGAGAGAAAAACGACUUUGCGCCACUUGAGUCUCAAUCAUUUGAUCUCUCUAAUACUCUGUGCUCGGCUCUUACUAAUCAAUAACUUUCAAACUUUGAAUUUUUGGAGACACUUGAACAGUUUUGUGGUGAGUAUUCAUUUAUGUCAAUUAUUUAUAUAGUUUUUAUCGGCAUAUCUGGUUUUUAAUUUAAGAGUCAUAGUCAUAGUACUAGACAUUAGUUAAAGUAGUAUUACAGUAUUUGAAUUUGUAAUAGUAUAGUAUUAAUAUUAAUUAGCCUUAGGGGAUAUUAGGGAAUAUUAAACUCUUCUGAAAUGAAUAUUUGUUAUCGGCAGAUCUGGUUUUUAAUUAAUUUAAUCUGGUAUAUAAAUUUAUUACAGUAUUUCAGAAGUCCAGUACUAUUAGUAUUAUUAGGGCUUAAUAUUGUAUUGGAUUAGGCAGGUAUAUUAAGUCGUCUGUAAUUACUGUAAUUGUAAUUUUUAUCCCUUUGCCUUUGGUUUUUACUUAAAUAAAAAUAGUAUAACAAUCUACUCCUUAUUUAAUUUAAGAAGUACCCUACAGUAAAUAAAUUUGUAUUUGAGCUUAGUAUAGUAUUUUUAAUAAUUAUUGUUCAAGUCUAUGACCAUGAUUGUAAUAACAUUAAUUAAUAGUUUAUAAUGUUAAAAUAACUUGUAAAAUCUAUUGUUUCAGAUAAUUAUGCCUAACUGUACUUUCCAAGAUAAGUGGUUGGAACAACUUGAAUUCAAACCAUGGCUUUCCCGGGAAAAGUUGGUGCACAAUGCAUAUUGUAGGAUUUGUUCUAGAUCUAUUGAUAUCCGAUCAAUGAGCAGGACAGCACUCAUCUCCCACAUGAAAGGGAAAAAACAUGAAGAUAAGCUUAAAUUUAGCCAAUUGUCUCCAAUAACAGUGUUCACUAAAAAUAAACCAGCUGUUGACAUCCCAUCAAAUUCAGCUACACACUUUGCUGAAGUAUCUACUCCAAAGUCACAGUCAACGUUGUCCAAUUUUAUUUAAAAAAAGAAUACAUUAAAUGCAGAAAUUUUAUGUGCGUAAAAAUGUGUUGAUUCAAACUAUUCAUUUUCAUCACAAGCGGACAUUGUGCCACUAUUCCAACGGAUGUUUCCAAAUUGUGAAAUAGCGCAAUCAAUGAGCUUAGGGGAAACCAAAAUAAUGUACAUGUCAUGUUUUGGUAUUGCUCCUUAUUUGACUUCCUUGCUGGAAAGAACAACAAAGGAUUCUCCAUAUGUCCUCCUGUUUGACGAAUCCUUAAACAAGGACCUUAAAAAGAAACAACUUGACAUUCACAUCAGGAUGUGGGAUUACGAUAAAGUCAAGACUCGCUAUUACACAUCAGAUUUCAUUGGCCACUCUUGUGCCUUUGAUGUGUUGGACUCUUUCGAAGAGAAAGUUGUCAACAGCAUCGGACUCAAUAAUAUUGUUCAAUUGUCUAUGGAUGGACCUAAUGUUAAUUGGGCCAUAUUUAAAAAAAAUGCAAGAAAAAAUAAGUAUGAAUUUCCAGCAUCAGCUAAUUGACAUUGGCUCUUGUGGACUUCAUACACUUCACAAUAGUUUCAAGGCAGCUAUUGAUGCUACUCACUGGGGAGUAUCCCAGAUUUUGUCAGCGCUGCACACCCUUUUUAAGGACACUCCAGCUCGCAGAGAAGAUUACGAAAAAACAACAGGACAGUCCAUGUAUUCUCUGAGCUUCUGCUCCCAUCGUUGGGUCGAGAAUGCAGCAGCAUGCCAGCGGGCUUUGGAUAUUUUUCCCUUUAUGUCUCAAUAUAUCGCAAAAGUUGAAAAACGGGAACUGAAAAAUCCAUUGACCAAGUCGUAUGAAAUAGUUAAAGAGUGGAUAAGUAAAGAGUGGAUAAGUAAAGAGUGGAUAAGUAACCCUCUUUCAAGGACAAGACUUGCUUUCAUAAUAAGCCUUGCAAGACCUAUAGAGCUGUUUUUGACAAUGUAUCAAGGUGACCAGCCAAUGUUGCCUUUCAUGGCAAAGGAUUUAGAGAAACUUUUGAGAGGUCUUAUGUCUCGUUUCAUAAAACAAAAAACACUUGAGGAAGCCAAUACUAUUGAUAAAUUACUAAAAGUUGAGAGCAAAUCGGAAAAAGUAUUGAAAGUUUAUUCUGAAAUUGACAUUGGUUUUGUGGCAGAGGGGCUUCUCAAGGAAGCCAAAGUGAAGAAAUUAAUUAGCGACAAAGGAAUUUUAGAAUUUAAAUUACAGUGCAGAGAGAUCCUAUCCACUCUAAUAGCAAAACUAACAGCAAAGUCUCCACUGAAAUAUAAUUUAGUGAGACACAUGAGUUGUCUGGACCCAGAAGAAAUGAUCAACAAAGAAAUUGAUUCUAACCUGUCUAGUUUUAGACAUGUCCUUAACAUUUUAGUGUCUCUUAAUAGAGCACAAAUCAAUGAAUGUGAUGAAAUAAUUUCUAUAUUUAGAGACUUCUUGGAAUGUUACAGGCAUUCCCAGGAAAUAGCAGCCUUCAGUAAAGCUGAAGGAAGACUGGAUUGUCUUUAUUAUUUAUUGUUAAAUGGUAAAGAAAAGUUUACCAAGCUGUGGCGGAUUAUCAAUGUUUUAUUGCUUCUGUCACAUGGACAGGCAACUGUUGAGCGUGGUUUUUCAGUGAACAGGGAAACCACAAUUAUUAUUUAUUGUUAAAUGGUAAAGAAAAGUUUACCAAGCUGUGGCGGAUUAUCAAUGUUUUAUUGCUUCUGUCACAUGGACAGGCAACUGUUGAGCGUGGUUUUUCAGUGAACAGGGAAACCACACAAACAAACAUUUCUCAGGUUUUAAUAAGCAAACGAAUCAUAAAAGACCAUCUAGAACAUGUGGGAGGCCUUGCUAUCAUUGUUGUGACACAAGAACUCCAGACUGCCGCUCAACAAGGUAGAAAGAUUUAUGGGGAUUAUUUAGAUAAGAAAAGAACAGAGGGAGAGAGGAGGCAAAAAUGUUCAAAGAGAAAGUUGGCAGAGAAUGACAUAGAUGGACUGAAGUUAAAAAAACAGAAGCUGGAAAAGGAGAUUGAAUUUUUGAUCCAAGAUGAAGACAAAACUUCAGAGAAAGCUGAGACUUUGAAAAGUUUUCCUCAUCUUUCAAAAGCUAAUGCUAUCAGAGUCAAGGCAAAAGAAAAGAGGCAACAGCUGACUAAUAUAAAUGUUGAGAUUGAGGAAAAGAUGAAGUUGUUAGGAAACCUUUAAUAACAUUUAGUAACAUCCUUUACUUAAUUUCAAUUUAUCAUUCUCCAUAUAACAUUGUUUACAUAUUGUUCAUCAUUUAUUAUUUGAAAUAAUGUAAUUUCAUUUUAGCAUGUACAUAUCAAUAGAUGUUAAAAUAAUUAUUACAGUAUACAUGCAUUGAAUUAUGUAAAUUGACUACGGUAUAUAUUUUUUAUGAUAUUAAUAUUAUGGAUGUAUUCCUGUAUAUUAUCAAGUCCAGGCAUUGGAAAGUUAAUGGUUAGUUAAAGUGUUAUUUUAUUAUAUUGUUUUGUAAAGUUUAUUUUAUUAUAGAUAGCAUUAGAUUUAAAACAUGUACCAGGAUUGUGUAUGUAAAUUUUUAAAGAAAAAGCUGGAAAAUCGAUCGCAAUAAUGUCGAUAAAGCAGCAUUUUAUUUAGUCAGGAAUUUUCUUUUUUCAGUUGGGAAAAAGUCAGGAAUUUAGUUUUGAAAAAAAUGUGGGAACCCUGGGUGAGUGAAGCAGCACAAAAAGUUGGCGUGUGCGUGCGCCACUGUUUAGGAAGUUUAAGCCGCAAAACCUUCUGCCGUGCUCUUAAAAUGUCAGUAUGUUAUGAUUUCUAAUAAGGAUUAGCUGCUUUAUCCACCAGCGCCCCCAGCAGUCGACUGGUCGGUUAUGGGCAGAAAUGACCUGAUGGGGAGUCAAGCUUGGGUCAGUUUAUUUGCAUGCGUCUGACCCCAGCUGCUGCAUAGAUCCAACUGAAAUUAUCAUGACGGUAUUGAUUGUUGAUUUCAGACUUCCUGCCCGAUCAAGUGAUGGAAGGAGAGCUUGCCGCUUUCAUCUCCUAUGCCAUGGCAUUUCCUGAGGGCUUCCUGGCUCUCAUUGAUACAUACGAUGUCAUCAGGUGAGUUUGUGUGUGUGUGUGUAUCUGUUGCCAAUGUGAAUUUCUUGGUGUGGUUUGGUAUGGACGGACAUCUUGUUUUGCAUUGUUAGUAUGUUGUCUCGGUAUUCCCAAGAGAUAAAACCAACUGUACUUCUGUACAAAAACAGUGAUGGGUUUGAGAGUGCCACGAAAUGCCAACAGAAGUACACGAAAAGGGAUUGAAAAGGGUAUGGACGGACAUCUUGUUUUGCUUUGUUAGUAUGUUAUCUCGUUAUUCCCAAGAAAUAAAAUCAACUGUACUGCUGUACAAAAACAGUGAUGGGUUUGAGAGUGCCACAAAAUUCCAACAGAAGUACACGAAAAGGGAUUGAAAAGGGUAUGGACGGACAUCUUGUUUUGCUUUGUUAGUAAUGUUGUCUUGUUAUUCCCAAGAGAUAAAAUCAACUGUACUGCUGUACAAAAAACAAUGCUGGGUUUGAGAGUGCCACGAAAUGCCAACAGAAGCACACGAAAAGGGAUUGAUGGGGACUUCUAUUUGUUUAGCGAAAUAAAUACAAAUACAUUUUUUGAGCUCAGAAUCACAAAAAUAAAUCGUCCAUGUCUCAUUUGAUAACAAACGAACUCAAUAUAAUAUUUAUUCUAAUCAUUUAAAUAAGUUAAAAACCAAACCCUAACGUGUUGUUCAUGUUAAUCUAGCGUUUAAUUAUAUUUGAAUGACAUAAUUUUGUUUUCUACUGAACAGUUGUUGUAAACUCUUUGUUUCAAGUAAUGAAAUGCUUCUUGAUCCUGGGACUUUAGGAGUGGCUUGCCCAAUUUUUGCACUGUGGCCAUGGCACUGAAUGACCUCGGCUAUCAGUCUAUAGGCAUCCGGCUAGACAGUGGCGACCUGUCGUAUCUUUCUAAUGAAGUCCAAGCAAAGUUUAUACGAGUUGCUGAUCGGUAUGUUUAAAAAAAUAAGGUGCUGCUUUUUUUUUUGGCAUGGAAGUCCUAUUAGAUUAGACAAGUCCCAUUACAUUAUAUAAGUCCUUUGAGAUUAUGAUAAACAUAUUAAACAGUUGUCUGUGGAUUCAGAGUGAAAGGGGGACCUAGCCCGCCCACCCCCCCUUUUUUUUGUGUGUGUGUUUUUUGGAUACUAGUUAUAUCUCAUCCCCGCUUCAGGAGAACAUUUGGUAACGCUUCAACUUCAUCCAGUAAGGUUACAUGUUAAAGGUUUCAGUUUUGGCUAGUUACUCCAUUUUGUAAGCCUUAUUGUCAUUAGUUCCUGUAAAGUUGCUUUGGCCAGAUACUCCAUUUUGUAAGCCUUAUUGUCAUUGGCUCCUGUCAAGUUGUAGGUGUGGUUGAGAUGAAGAUGCAUAAAUUGACCAUCCCCUAUUUAUAUUGUAAGUAUCCUGGCCCCCAACAUAAAGCAAAUAGUGAGGACAUCUUUAUGUCCAAUAACUUCAAUGUUAUCAUUUAUCUAAUGUGACGAAGUUAAAAACGUUGAGAAAGCCGCAGGACUAAAAAAUUCAAACUAAAUUUAAAAAGAUUUAUACUUGUCAUUUACUUGAAGGAACCAUUCUGAUUUUUGUUUACUUUGGCAAAGAGGAAAGACAAAGAGAUCUUGCUCAGAAAUUAAAGCGUUGCAAUUUAGGGUUACCUUGAGACAUUUCUAGUCCAAAAUUUUGUUGUAUUGUUGUAUUGGUGGAGAUUAAUGGAUUCUCACUUAGUUAAAAUUAUUAAACUCCAGUGAAUAAUAUAGAUAAAUAGUUCUCACCAAGAUGAAAUGAAUGAACUCCAGUCAAUUUUACAUUUUUUAAUUCCUUAGUAUGGAUGUAGUCGGAUAUAUAGGUGGAUGUGCAUAAAUAUCUAAAAAUUUUCUAUGACAAAAUAAUGUCUUAUGGGUAAAACAUUUCUUUGUUUAUCUGAUGACAGGUAUAACCUCCCCUGGUUCAAAAAGUUAACAAUUGUGGCCAGCAAUGACAUCAAUGAGGAUACUAUACACUCUCUAAACCAGCAGGUACAUUGACACACAUCAAUUAGGACACUAAACAAACUCUAAACCAGGACAACAGAUACAUACACAGACAUCAAUGAGGACACUAUACACUCUCUAAACCAGGACAGCAGGUAGAUUGACACACAUCAAUGAGGACACUAUACACUCUCUAAACCAGGACAGCAGGUAGAUUGACACACAUCAAUGUUAGGACACUAUACAAUCUCUAAACCAGGACAACAGGUACAUACUCAGACAUCAAUGAAGCUAAGAUUUUUAAAAAAUUUAUUAUCACUGACAGGGUCAUAAUAUAAAAUAUUAUUUUUUAGUCAUCAUUGACAAGGUCACUAUAAACUUGUUUUUAAUUGUCACGGACAGUGUCACAGUAUAAACUGUUUAAAAACGAAUAAACUAAUACAUUUCUUUCUCAUCCCUGCCAGGGUCACAGUAUAAAUUGUUACGGCAUCGGCACGCACCUGGUCACCUGCCAGAAACAACCUGCCCUCGGCUGUGUAUUUAAAGUGAGGCUCUCAAUAAAGUUGUUUGUGCCACCAACAUCUGAGCAUUAGGAUUUGAACCAUUGUCUAAUAGAAAUUGUAGUCAUUUGUCUUACUGACUCAACCAAAAAACAUGAUUCUCAAUCCACUAAGUCCAUAAAAAUAUUGAGUAAAGUUAACAAAUGGACUAGCUAAAGUUCUAUGGGAAUCGCUUUAUAAAUGAACAGGAAUCUACCCCAUCCCUAUGGCGCUACAGCGCACGUAGGUCUUUGGCCUGCCUCACCAUUUCCUUCCACUCAGACCUAACUAAUGCUUUUCUUAUUCAUGCUUCAAUUCCUAGCUCCUGUAGAUCUUGUUCCCCAACAUUCAUCCAUCACACCAUCCAUCUAAGCCCAUGUCUGCCUUGAGUCGUUUUCAUCUGGAGUUUUGGUGGUGCACCCUCUUCACUCCUCUGUCAUUUGACAUUCACUCCUCUGUCAUUUGACAUUCACUCCUCUGUCAUUUGACAUUCACUCCUCUGUCAUUUGACAUUCUUGCUAAGUGUUCCCCAAGCUUACCUUGCCCUUUUGUUUAUUUCUGCUGCUAGUGUAGGAUCCUGAUAUAGACUGUACUUUUCCUGGUUGGUUCGUAUUCUCCAUCCAUAUUCAUCCUUUGCUGGUCCAUAUAUUUUCCAGAGACCUUUUCUCUCAUGUGUGUUUUCUUCUGUUUUUGUUAGGUUCCAAGUUUCUCUUUUGUAAAUAACAACUGGUCUGAUUACUGUGACCAAAAAAAAGUUUAAGAAAUAGUUUCCAUGACCUGUUGGUCACUUUACCAUAACCCAUUGGUCACUUUACCAUAACCCAUUGGUCACUUUACCAUAACCCAUUGGUCACUUUACCAUAACCCAUUGGUCACUUUACCAUAACCCAUUGGUCACUUUACCAUAACCCAUAGGUCACUAAACCAUAACCCAUUGGUCACUUUACCAUAACCCAUUGGUAACAAUCUCUUUCUUUUUGUUCCCCAGCUUGUCCAGAUCAACAAUAAGCCAAGAAUAAAACUUAGUGAAGAUGUUGAAAAGGUCACAAUUCCAGGGUUGAAGAAGGUCUACAGGCUGUUUGGCACAGAUGGUAAGUGAUGCUGGUGUGCAGGCAAUAGUAUAACAGAAUGGGCCAUGAAUAAGUGGGAAAUAAUAUGACAGACUGGGCCAUAAAUAAGUGGGAAAUAAUAUGACAGAAUUGGCCGUGAAUAAGUUGGAUAUAAUAUGACAGAAUUGGCCGUGAAUAAGAAAUAAUAUGACAGAAUUGGCCUUGAAUAAGUAGGAAAUAAAAUGACAGAAAGGGCCAUGAAUAAGUAGAAAAUAAUUUGAUAAAAUUGGCCUUGAAUAAGUAGAAAAUAAUAUGACAGAAUUGGCUGUGAAUAAGUAGGAAAUAAUAUGACAGAAUGGGCCAUGAUAAGUAGGAAAUAAUUUGACAGAAUUGGCUGUGAAUAAGUAGGAAAUAAUAUGACAGAAUGGGCUGUGAAUAAGUAGGAAAUAAUAUGACAGAAUUUGCCGUGAAUAAGUGGGAAAUAAUAUGACAGAAUGGGCCAUGAUAAGUAGGAAAUAAUUUGACAGAAUUUGCCGUGAAUAAGUGGGAAAUAAUAUGACAGAAUUGGCUGUGAAUAAGUAGGAAAUAAUAUGACAGAAUGGGCCAUGAUAAAUAGGAAAUAAUUUGACAGAAUUGGCUGUGAAUAAGUAGGAAAUAAUAUGACAGAAUUGGCUGUGAAUAAGUAGGAAAUAAUAUGACAGAAUUGGCUGUGAAUAAGUAGGAAAUAAUAUGACAUAAUUGGCUGUGAAUAAGUAGGAAAUAAUAUGACAGAAUGGGCCAUAAAUAAGUGGGAAAUAACAAGACAGAAUGGACAGUGAUUAAGUUGGAAAUAGUAUGACAGAAUGUGCCGUUAAUAAAUAGUCAUUAGUGUGACAGAAUGGGCUGUAAAUAAAUAGGCAAUAUUAUGACAGGAUGAAUAAGUAGGAGCUCAUUUCUCUAAGUAAAAUUCCUGAUAACUUGGCUAAAUGAGAUUCUUAAAAAUACAAAUACGUUUGGUGCUUAAUAUCUAUGUUUGUUUUACGAAAAUCUUCUCAAUGUAUAUAGGGUGAUAUAAAUGUGCUGUAUAUAGGGUGUUAUAAAUGUGCUGUAUAUAGGGUGUUAUAAAUGUGCUGUAUAUAGAGUGUUAUAAAUGUGCUGUAUAGAGGGUGUUAUAAAUGUGCUGUAUAUAGAGUGUUAUAAAUGUGCUGUAUAGAGGGUGUUAUAAAUGUGGGGUAUAUAGGGUGUUAUAAAUGUGCUGUAUAGAGGGUGUUAUAAAUGUGGGGUAUAAAGGGUGUUAUAAAUGUGGGGUAUAUAGGGUGUUAUAAAUGUGCUGCAUAUAGGUUGUUAUAAAUGUGCUGUAUAUAGGGUGUUAUAAAUGUGGGGUAUUUAUUUAUUUAUUUAUUUAGGCAUUUUUAUAUUGCGCUUACCUUAAAGCUCUAAGCGCUUUGCAAUUAUGAAAAACAUGUAAACUAAGUAAAAUAAAAAUGAAAAACCAGAGACACUAGGAUAGUAACUACUAUACUAUAGAAACAAUUUAAAUGGCUAUAAAACGAGUACACAUUGGCACGUUUUGGCCUAUACUACAGGAUCAACCCGAGACAGAAAAUGAGGCAGGGCAAGGAGGGUGCAUCACAGGUCAUAGGCGGACCUAAACAGAUAUAAACGGUAUAAAAGAGGGUCGGACAUUAGAAUAUGAAUAUAAUUCAGGGAUUUGAAAAAAGUGUGUGUUUGCGAAGCUGGUGGGGGAGUACUCAUUGGGAUUUGUAUAAAGUGUGUUACUUGUCUGUAUGCUUUUAUCAAGUAACUUGAGUAGACAGGAAGCUCAUCUAUUGCGGCUGCCACUGUUUGCCUGGCUGCAUCUGGUAGAGAUAUAUUUCUUUGAAACAAAUUGCAUAAACUUUUGAUACGUUUGCUUUACAACAGGCAGGGCCCUGGUAGACUUGUUACAACAUGCCUCAGAGACUGCACCAAAAACAGGACAGCGAGUUCUAUGUAGGCAUCCUAUACAAGUAAGGUCUUAGUUGAAGUACUGGCUCAUGUGACCAUCACGUGUGUUUUAUGUAGACAUCCUACACAAGUAAGGUCCUGCUUGAAGUACUGGCUCAUGAUACCAUCAUGUGUGUUUUAUGUAGACAUCCUACACAAGUAAGGUCCUGCUUGAAGUACUGGCUCAUGAUACCAUCAUGUGUGUUUUAUGUAGACAUCCUACACAAGUAAGGUCUUAGUUGAAGUACUGGCUCAUGAUACCAUCAUGUGUGUUUUAUGUAGACAUCCCAUACAAGUAAGGUCUUAGUUGAAGUACUGGCUCAUGAUACCAUCAUGUGUGCUUUAUGUAGACAUCCCAUACAAGUAAGGUCUUAGUUGAAGUACUGGCUCAUGAUACCAUCAUGUGUGUUUUAUGUAGACAUCCCAUACAAGUAAGGUCUUAGUUGAAGUACUGGCUCAUGAUACCAUCAUGUGUGCUUUAUGUAGACAUCCCAUACAAGUAAGGUCUUAGUUGAAGUACUGGCUCAUGAUACCAUCAUGUGUGUUUUAUGUAGACAUCCUACACAAGUAAGGUCCUGCUUGAAGUACUGGCUCAUGAUACCAUCAUGUGUGUUUUAUGUAGACAUCCUACACAAGUAAGGUCUUAGUUGAAGUACUGGCUCAUGUUACCAUCAUGCAUUUUUUACAUACCGGUAACAAAUGAUCUUGAAGUAAAUAAACAUACUGACUAAGGAUCAAUGUUUGCGGUAUACCAAGGUGCCUGUGAUCUAUGCUUGCUGUCUUCUGCAUCUAAUCAGAAACAGUAAAUCAAUUUUAAUUGUGUGUUAUGCCUGUUGAUAGGUCAACUGUUCACACAUCUUAUGUACUAAGAUUUAGAAAGACAAAAACCGCUUUAAAAAAAAGCAAUACUCUUGGAAAUCUGAUGAAUUUAUUUUCCACAUUUUCUUGAGUAGAUCUUGUGUGAUGUAAUAAGUUCUUGUGUGAUGUGAGUAGAUUGUGUGUUAUGUCAGUAGAGUGUGUAUGAUGUGAUUAUAUUGCUGUGUGAUGUGAGUAGAUCCUGUGUGAUGUGAGUAGAGCUUGCUGUGUGACUAAAGUAGAUCCUGUGUCAUGUGAGUAGAUCCUGUGUGAUGUGAGUAGAUCCUGUGUCAUGUGAGUAGAUCCUGUGUCAUGUGAGUAGAUCUUGCUGUGUGAUGUGAGUAGAUCUUGCUGUGUGAUGUGAGUAGAUCCUGUGUCAUGUGAGUAGAUCUUGCUGUGUGAUGUGAGUAGAUCCUGUGUGAUGAAAGUUUUUUUGUUUAAAUUUAAAAUCACAUCACAAUGCUAACUUUUAAAAUAAUAAUUUCAUUGUGUGAUCAUUCAUGUCACUGUCAUGUAUGUGUAUCGAUGCUGACAGUAGUGAUGGCAUAAAUAAACUGUUUGUUGCUUUGUAAAUGAAAUCUUGUUUACAUUGAUUCGAAAUAUAAUAUGCACAUUCUUCAUUUGUAUUUUGCCAAGCUCAGAGUGGUAACAUUAUUACAAGCCAGGGCAUCAUGUUAUUAUAUGAAUUAAUGACUGUGUUAUUUCCAUCUCAUUUCCAGGAAUCCAAGAGAGCGUAUGUGAUACCAGCUUCUGUGAAGUGUCUGCAUGAAAUCUGGUGGGACAAGGGCAAGGUCUUUAGAUUUUUUAGCAAAAUUUAUUAGUCAUGCUGAAAGGGGCAUUUAAACGAGCUUAAAGUCGACCAAGUUAUUUUUAAAACUCUGCCGAGUGAACACCAUCAGCGUGGUGUGGAAGAUCAGAGUGGCGCGGAAGAUCAGAGGGGCGUGGCAACAGAUGGGUCAAUCAAGGGAUGGGGAAAUAUAAAGGUUUGUUUAGAAUGUCGAUUUCAGGGGCUGUGCGGUAGAAAAACAUGAAUGGAGAUACAUAAUUUAGGCCGUGCCUCCCUGAUGUUAGUGGCAGGGGGGCUGUCUCUUUUGCCCGGACCCUUCAGUCGCACCCCUUUGCACCAUCCUGGUCAAUGCAAGCACAGUAAGAAUGGUGAAACAAUUGACGAAAAAAAAGGAGACAGAUAACAAAAUUGAAGAGCUUAAGGGCUGGACUUGAUGGCCUGAGGUUCCAAAAGGCUUUUCUGGACCAGAGUAUAUUAAAAAGAAAGAUAUAAGCUGGACCAUUUGUAGGAAGGAAUAAAACUCCAAGUAGUGCAGUCAAAGAGACAGAUGAUCAGUGAGAAAUGAUACAGAUAAGAUGAUGAAUAACUAGACCUAUGUACUGUCUUUAGUUGUAAAAUAAGAUGAUAAAUAACUAGACCCAUGUACUGUCUUUAGUUGUUAGAUAAGACAAUGAAUAACUAGACACAUGUACUGUCUUUAGUUGUUAGAUAAGACAAUGAAUAACUAGACACAUGUACUGUCUUUAGUUGUUAGAUAAGACAAUGAAUAACUUGACCCAUGUAAUUUAUAAUUUCUUAAUUGUAAUUAAGACAAUUAUUUCUGUAGAAAAAUUUGAAAGCAUAAUUUCAUUGACAUGUGGACCAACCAUGGAAUCAUUUCAAAUGCAUUCAUUUCAUAUUUUUUUGAAGUUAUUAAGGACACUCUUUAUUGCCUGGUGUUUUUUUUUAAAGGAUUGAAGUUAGUUUCCAUGUUGCCUUCUUAAACCUCUUACCCCACUCCCUUGUUUUCUCUCUUAAUAUCAGGUAGUCAAUGAGUUACCCAGUCUAACCGAGCUGAGAGAAAAGACCAAAGAAUCUCUUAAAACUAUCAGGCAGGAUCACAAGCGGGCCUUGAACCCCACGCCUUACAAGGUAGGUCAUCUCGACCUGGCUUAAAUCCUAUGUUUCUUAAAGCCUGUCUCACUGAACCCUAUGCCUUACAAGGUAUGUCAGCUUGACCUGGUUUAAGUCCUAUAUUUCUUAAAACCUGUCUCACAUGAUGAAAACCCCCAACUGCCAUUAGCGUAGUGCUGGUGAAUCUUUUGGUCCCUCAUAUUCAAAGAAUGAUUUGGUAAGAGCUCUGCAACCUUUAUUCCGCACAAAAUGUCUCCAAGAGAUGGCAAAGCACAGAGAGUAAGUAGGCACUAAUAUGAUACAACUGUUUUGACACACAUGGGACUUUUGUUAGCCUAUUACUAAUAUGUUAAACACCAUGGCAACAGAAAUUUGACCAAUACGGACAGUCAAUAUAGAAAAAUACAGUGUAAUCUGCUACCUUUUAGCAUUCACACCUUAUGAAAGUUAACUGAUUUUGUACACUAACACACCAGUGUGAGUUAGAAAGAAAUACAAGUUAAUUCAGAUUUUCGGUACAAUAUCACCACAUGGUCUUAUUCAAAUUCUUUCUUACCAGUGAUCCUCUAUUUUCAUUUAUUUCUUUUCUUAAUUUUUAUAUUUUACAUUUUGAUUAUUUCCUGUUAAAAUUUGAUUUUUUUCAUUAAUAAUACAUAUAUUCUUUUACUUCCUGUAAUCUUUGUUUUGAAAAACCCUACUUCCUGCAAUAACAUUAGUGGCGACCACUUAAGUUUUAAAAAACUAUUUCUUUUUCUUGUUGUUUCUUAAUUUGUCCUGUCUGCUGAGAAAGGCGCUUAGCCGAAACGUUCUUCUUUUAUUGUUUCAUUAGACACGAACAAUUUGUGCCAACAUAACAAUAGAAGUUAAGCUUUAAUAAUAAUUUUACACAAUAAUUAUACACAAGUAUACGUUUCGGCACAUGAAACGUAAUCAAUACAACAAAAAAAACAAUUAAAUAAGUAUAAAUUAAAUUUAUAUAAUAUAUAAAUAUACAUAUAUCCUACCUAAAAAAAGGGGGAGAAAAAAUAGAAGUGGGCGAAAAAAAACCAGACAGAAACAAAGUAAAGAAGAAUGGAAAGGAAGUGACUUAGAGUAAAAUGUAAAAAACCAAACGGGAAAAAGACAUGGCAGUUACGUAAAAUUGUGGAUUUUAAAUCUAUUUUAAAGCUUUAUCGCAGUCCAACACUUUUUAUAAUCAGUUAAUUACUUUUAUUGUCCUGCCUUUCGACUUGAAGCUUCCACAUUAAUUGUUCUUCUAUUUCUUUCACACAGCUUGAAUUUAUUAUUAAGUUAUUUAGUAUAAAAGUUCAAAUAAUUUCACACAUGCACUCUGCAGUAAUACUAGUUUAAAAAUAUUUUUAAUUGUAUGUGUUAAAGCCUUGGUUGUUCUUCCUGUUAAAACAAACAGAGGCGUUUGCUCUGACUUAGAUGACUCAACCCAGACUUCAAUGUAUAACAAAUCUUUUAACCCCAGUUCGGGUGACAUCAUGGACCACCAAAUAUACCUGGUUGCCACAACUGACAUCGGCCUGGAGUGGGAAAUAUAAAUCAAACAAUCGAAGCAGACUUAAGUUUUUGUUUUCAUAGUUUCAGUUCCUAGCGUCUUUUCCCCUUUCUAUAUUUGAAAAUAAACUUAGUUACCAGUAAUAUAGUAAGGAAAUGGCUUUCACAGUUUUAUUAUUUGAUCCACAGGUGUCUGUGACCUCUGACCUGUAUACCUUCAUUCACGAGCUUUGGCUCGAGAGCGCACCAAUUGGGGAACUUUCUUAAAACAGGGAAGCGUACAUAUAUUGAGUUCCAUGAACUUUCCUCGAAAAAGAGAAACUCCUAUUUUCUUCAAUGCACCCAUUAAAACUGUUAUUUAUUUUGUACUGCUACCAACUGUUGGUAAUCUCAUGUCAAUUUAAAACUGCUGAAAUGGAGAUGAAGUCUCAGUAUUAGCACUGUAGUACGUAUUUGAUACACUAAGUCGGUUUAGAGAUCAUUUUUAUCAAUAUUUGUCAAUUUUCUCAUGUCUGUACAUACACAUGUUUAGAAACUGGUGGUCAAGACAUGUCAGGAUUUAUUUGAUGUAUUGCCGGCUAAUGGGGGCUGCGUGUCGUAUCAUCAUAAUCAUUUAGUUGUGGAUAAUUAAUUUUCACCUCUUUAAUUUUAUUCUUCGUCACCUUCAUUUAUCUAUUCAGAUUUUCUUCGUGGUCAUUUCUUUCUUUCAUUAAAGUAGUUAUUUGUUUAGUGAUAACAACAAGAGAAACAUGAAUUUUUUGUCUACAAAUGUAAUCUUGGGUCCAUUCCAUUAUUCAAACUAUUCUAAGUAGAAGCCUUUUAAGAGGCUAAUAAAUUUUUUUUUUAUGUAUACUUGUUUCUGUCUGUCAGCUAUAACAAUAAGUAACAGCCGUUGACCAAAAGUUUGCCAGUUGCUGUUCAUACAUGACACCAAUAAUCAAUGCACCGCUGGUCAAGAUCGUGUUGAACUAUAGAUGCCACAACACUCGUCUAAGCCAUUCAUAUUUUUAAUCAUUUCGAAAUAGCACCUAGUCAGAAAGCAUUCAUCACGAGUGACAGUAGUAGUGUCAGUAAUAUAUAUUUUAGCAUGACUGAGGAUACGCUUUUGUAUUCCCAGAUAACCUAUUUGUACGCAACAAACUUCAAAGAUGCACAGCUGUGCAGUGAACAUAGCCUACAUCUUUUCUGUUUUCUGCUUGGUUUUAAGGUAAUUUGUUUGAAGUCAUGGUCACAUCAUGGGGCAACAUCUUAUUUUAAGUAAAGUGACUUGGAAUCAAUCACAAGAGACACAAAAAGUUGAUUUAAAAUUUGUAAUUUAUUAUUUAACAAAAAAAACAAACAAAUUUUAUAAUUUAAACAAAAAAUGUAAGAAACAAAGGGAACAAACUUUAAAUUAUUUGUUUGUCAAGACUUUUUUAUAAGGUGGUAUUAUUUGGAAAUCCUCUUCUAAACUGGGCAAACUAAUGAACUUACUGGAAAAAAACAUUUUAAUCACACAAUUUAUUAUUAUCAAAACUGUGGCAUGUAUCGGUCAUACUUUAAAUUAUUUAAUUAGAUUAUAUAUUUCCUGGGAGUUAUUAUAAAAAAAUAAUCAAACCCUGUAACUGGGGAAUGAAACAGUUGAAUAGCAAGGUACCUAAGUAACGCUUUGAAUAAAACUUUGCAAAGAUUUGUCUUUUCUUUGAAAUUGUGAUCGACCUUCAAAAUUUCAAUAAUUUAAAAAAUUUUAAGCUUUUUACAUAAUUCAGCUAAUGAUUUUGAAAGGGAAUUUUUAAUAGUAUGCCCAAACUUAAGCUUUCUAAGAC